AUGAAGACAGCUCGUAUUGCAGCAGCACAACAGGCAGCAGCUUCCCAAAAUGGAAAUUUAAAUGGACAUUCAAUUUCUCUAAAAAAUGGGGGUGAACGUAAAAGGGCUAGUAAUAGAAGUUUGAAUUAUGUUGGCAAAUUCGAGCCUCAUGAAGAUGGUAUUGGUUUGACUAAUAAUUUUGUUGGAAUGGGGAAUGAGAGUAGAAGUGAGCCUGAAUCUGGAGGAACACCACUUCAAUCAACUAACCAGCAACAACAACAAAUCAAACUAGAAUUAUUUAACAAUUCUAAUAAUUCUAAUUCGAUUUUAAAUGCUUCCAAAUUUUUUGGAGUAGUUCCUCAACAUUCUCCUCCACCUUAUAAUCAUCAAUUCAAUUUAUUUGGAAAUCCUUUCUUUCAAGUAAGUUUAAAAAAUUAA